GUGACCUGGCAAGAUGGCGACCACACAGUAGAAUGGAUGCGAACGGUGAAUGAUACAUGGAUCCGUGGUGUUGAUUUUAUUAGACCCACUGCUUCUUUCUUUAUUGUGAGCAGCAGCAAAGUCAACAUGGCCCUAAAUGUUUUUGACCAUGACGACUACAGGCCUGUAUGGAAAUCCUAUUUGUACCAGCUCCAGCAGGAGGCGCCGCAUCCCCGCAGACUCACGUGUACCUGUGAGGUAGAAAACCGUCCAAAAUACUAUGGAAGAGAGUACCAUGGGAUGAUCUCCAGAGAAGAGGCUGACCAGUUACUGAGCCAAGCAGAAGGAAGCUACCUCAUCAGGGAGAGUCAGAGGCAACCGGGCACAUACACACUAGCUCUGAGGUUUGGGAACCAGACUAGAAACUUCCGUCUCUACCACGAUGGGAAGCACUUUGUCGGAGAGAAAAGGUUUGAGUCCAUCCACGACUUGGUCACGGACGGCCUUAUCACGCUAUAUAUUGAGACUAAGGCUGCAGAGUAUAUCGCCAAAAUGACUAUAAAUCCCAUCUAUGAGCACGUUGGCUACACCACCCUGAACCAGGAGCCCACCUUGAAGAAACAUCUGCCCCUCAGCCCGGACGUGCCAGUACCUGCUAAAGAUGAUUUUAACGCUGAAGAGAGGUUGACAUCGCUGGUGCGGAGGGCCACGCUGAGGGAGAGCGACCUGAUGCCCAAGUAUGAGAAAGUCCAUAAUUUCAAGGUUCACACGUUCAGGGGUCCACACUGGUGCGAAUACUGUGCCAACUUCAUGUGGGGUCUCAUCGCUCAGGGAGUCAAAUGCGCAGAUUGCGGUUUGAACGUCCAUAAGCAGUGCUCCAAGGUGGUUCCCAACGACUGCCAACCAGACCUGAGACACGUUAAGAAAGUCUACAGCUGCGAUCUGACCACGCUGGUCAAAGCGCACAACACGAAGCGGCCAAUGGUGGUGGACAUGUGCAUACAGGAAAUAGAGGCGAGAGGUCUUCAGUCGGAGGGGUUGUACAGAAUAUCAGGAUUCAGUGAGCUGAUUGAAGAUGUCAAGUUGGCGUUUGAUAGAGAUGGAGAGAAGGCCGAUAUAUCCUCCAACGUUUAUGAAGACAUCAACAUCAUCACCGGAGCCCUGAAACUCUACUUCCGAGAGCUCCCCAUCCCCCUCAUCACCUACGACGCCUAUCCCCGCUUCAUAGAAAGUGCAAAAAUUACAGAUGCGGAAAAACGUCUGGAGUCUCUACAUGAAGCUCUGAAGCUGCUGCCCCCUGCUCACUGUGAGACCCUGCGAUACCUCAUGGCUCACCUCAAGAGGGUAACAGAUUAUGAAAAGGACAACCUGAUGUCCAGCGAAAACCUCGGCAUCGUCUUCGGCCCCACUCUGAUGCGGGCCGCCGACCUGGACGCCAUGACGGCUCUCAACGACAUCCGGUAUCAGAGACUGGUGGUGGAGACGCUCAUCACAAACGAAGAUGUCCUGUUCUGAGAGGACGAGGACGAGGACACCGGGGACAGAGACGUGUUUAGUUUGUCUGUGAAAACAUGAAGGACAUUGAGGGAAGGAUUGAAGGAGAAAUGAGAUGCCUUUGGAAAAAUAUGUGACCUGACAACAAGGAAGUGAACACUUUUAUGUUAAAGGUAGAUUAAAUCAGUGUUUCCCCACGUUAAUAUUACUGUACCUGAUUUUUUUCCACAAUAUUGGAGCAAAAUUUGUCUCGUUUCAGUUCAGAUUUAUUGUUUAAGCAGCUCUUGAGGUCAGAAAAAUUGCUGUUAGCUUUACCGUGAUGGCAAAGCUCUCCGCUCUGGUCUCUGAGAGUUGUAAAAAGUGCUUAGAAACUCAUCUUGGUGAAUAAUUAGGAUGUUCUUAAUGCAUAAAGUAAGUGAGGAAUAACUCUGGACCACUGCAAACCGUUUAAAAUGAACUAGCUUCACGUUUUUUAUGACGGACAAAAUCAGGUACAGCGCCUUUAUACCUUUUUGCCUCUUGCUUGUCUCCAUGGAGAUGUCAUUGGUUUGCCUGGAAGGUUUCACAGUAUGGCAUUAAACUUCUAUCAGCUUGAUUCAAUGGCGUCACCAGUUUGUAUUAACGCAAAUAGAUACGUUUAAUGCCGUACUGCCUUAUUUAGUCCAGGCAAAGCAACAAAAUCGCUAUUGAUACAAGCUAGAAAAAUUACGUAAUGCACCUUUUUAAUAACUGUAAUAAUAACUGGACUAAUUGAAACAUCUCUGGAACCUUGAUCUGGUUAACGGGGUAAUUUGAGCUAUCAUAAUCUUAUCUCUGUUGUUAAUAAAACUUGCAUUUGCUGAAACACUAAAAAGGGGGAAACUCUGUUGAAUCUAUCUUCAUACAGUUUAUUUUUAUUGAUGCCUUGAACUUUUAUAUUGCUAAUGUUUGACUGAUCUUAAGGAUUCAUCAUAAAAGGGUAAAAAUACACUGCUUUCGUAAUUUGGCGUUUUCAUAUUGGCUUUGGUUUACGAUAAAAGUGACAGUUUUCCUAACACGCAUGACUACACGAAAAGUGAUAAUGGACUUUAAAUUCAAAGUCUUAAUUUUAUUCCUAAACCAUAGACUGUAUAGAUAAAUGGACGUAGCUAACCUGCUAGCCGCCGUGUUGCAAAUAGGAAGUGAGCUUGGGCGCGCUUCCAGCUCUAUCGACUCUGGCGGCAAUUCACUUUCUAUUGAAAAACUGUCGCCUCUUUCUCUGUAACCGCUGCUGCCAGACUUGUCAUUUUGAUCAUUUUAACCCGCACUAUAUGAUGCUACUCGUUUAUUUCUCUAUUGUGUCCGUAAUUCAAGAUAUAAACACUAAAAACAGAAAAAUCAGGCGCCUUCUUUCCCUGAGGUCACUCCUGCUAGCGUUAGCGUUAGUUAACAGGUUUGAUUAACAGCGUUGCUAAGCGUCUGCUCCUUGCAAAACCAAUAGUGUACGCGGAAAGGGACGUUAUUUUCAACAGCCUCUCUCCGGAUUGGCUCUUUGGUUGCUGUGAUACUCGCAGUCAGAAUUCCAAAUAAGGACCUCUGCUCUUUUCGCCGCUUUAACCGCAACACGCAUCAUUUGACUUGAGCUGAACGCUAUAGGUGACGUCCACUUCUUUAUACAGUCAAUGUCCUAAACUUUCUGACUUUUUUUGCAUACAGAGAUAAUAAUAAUAAUAUAUUGUCCAAAAGAACUUCUCAAAAACACUUGCAGAAACUUUUACCCUAGACUUCAAUGCUUCAAAAUCACGUUAGAUUAUCGAUGUUAUCUUUGAGCAGUGUUAUAAAGCUAAUUUUGCACUCCAACGCUGACUUAGAAUACUUGCCAAUUUCGUUCUUACACAUAAAGUAGCCUUCUACGUGCAAACCUCGUCUCUAAUUUGACUAAACACUGUAUUUCGUUGUUUUGUUUUUAUUUUUGUUGUAAAUUUUUGAUCUCUCCAUAAACCUCAUUGUUAUGUGAAGUAAAACGAUGGAGACGUGGAGCUGUUUGAAUGAUGUUUUUUGUACCGAUCUUUGUACAUUUGUUGGGUCGAUUUUGUACAUGUUUAGUUCAUUUCGUAUUCAUUCUUACAGGUAUGAAUAAAGUCAGCAAGUUGAUCUCGCCAUGUACCUAGACUAACAACCAUCAGCCUAACCGAACUUGUGAGCCUUCAGUGAUCUGUGAGUUGUUUUUUUUUGUUUUUUUUUGGCCUGAUGAAGCGUCAUGUUUAAGUAUUGUCAUUGCUGUAAAGUAUUUUCUACAUGGUUUAUGCAUGUUAAAAUUAAAUUAUUAAACAUGGCCUUAUUUUGGUUCUGAA